ACUCAACAAUGAAAAAUUGGGUCUUGGGAUUCCCUUCUUAAUUUUUAUAAAAACCGAGUCAUUGACCCGACCGAACUCUCUCCUGUUCCUGUUCCUGUUCAUGUUCUUGUUUCUGUUCCUCACAUUCGAGAUUCCUUUCUUCCAACUUUUCCAAUUUCCCAUCUUCUCCGAUCCCUCCCUUCCUCCUUCCUUCUCCUUUCUACUUAUAAACAAGACGACACCAUCUUUAAUUCGACCUAAUCUCGCCGCUUAACGAUGUGGUAAGUCGCCUUACACUUUCAAUUCGAUCUUGAUCAUUGUUACUUUCAGUUUUAGUUUUUUGAUCAUUUGAUUGGGUUUCUUUCUUAAAGAUUUGAUUUUUAAUCUUUCCAUUUCGAUUUCCCCUUCACCCAUCAAUAAUCUCCGCCAACCGCCAUCAACACUUGCCAAUUGGGGCAAACUUUUACUCAUUUAUGUCCAACAAUAACCACUAACUAAUCUCAAGGAUCACAGCUCAUUGUGUUUGCUGUGCUUGCUUGGGGGCAUGAUCAGCUAUUCAGCUUAAUUAAUUUCAUGGAUUUUUCAACUAGAUUGAUAUCAUAUGAUUCCGCUUACAAGUCCAGUUACUUCUUUUUCAAUGACUGCUGCAUGGCCCCUUUUGGUUGAGUGACAUAAAUGGUGUCACACAUCAAACUUUUAUUGGGUAUUUUCAAUGAUGAACUUGAGAGCACCCCGCCAUCCAUCCAUAUCUUACAGGCCUAUACAACCCACUGAUCUAGAUGUUCUUGUAAAAAUCCAUGGCGAUCUGUUUCCCAUCAGGUAUGAAAUUGAAUUCUUCCACAAUGUUGUUCAUGGUCACGAUAUAGUUUCUUGGGGAGCAGUUGACCGAAAUCGUCCUAAUGGUGAAAGUGAUGAACUUAUUGGAUUUGUCACUGCAAGAAUCAUUAUGGCAAAAGAAAGUGAGAUAGAAGAUAUGCUGAGAUAUGACAAAUCAAGAUCAGAUCAGGCUCUAGUUUAUAUUCUGACUCUAGGAGUGGUAGAGUCCUAUAGAAAUUUUGGUAUAGCCACUUCACUGAUUCGAGAGGUGAUCAAGUAUGGUUCAAGUAUGCCAAAUUGCAGAGCAGUUUACCUUCAUGUAAUUUCUUACAACAAUUCUGCAAUCCAUUUGUAUCAGAAAAUGUCCUUCCUUUGUGUAAGGAGGCUGAAUUCCUUUUAUUUUAUCAAUGGCCAACAUUAUGAUGCAUACUUGUUCAUUUAUUAUGUGAAUGGUGGCCGAUCUCCAUGUUCACCCUUAGAGCUUGUUACGCUUCUAGUAACAUACAUGAGGAGAGGAUUGAAGUUGGUGUCUUCAAGAGUAUGGAAAAAGGGUGAAAAGAAUGUUGGCCCAAAGAGAGUCAAAUAUAGAGACAAAGGUACCCUUUUACCAAUGACACAACAAAACAAGAGAAACAUAUCAAUAGAGGGUCCUGAAAAUGAUCAUGUAUAAACUUAAUUGUAGAACACAUGAGUUUGACCCCUUUGUCCUUUUUAUAGUGUUGUUUCAUUUUCAUCAUCUUAAUUUGGUUUGAAGCGGAACAAUAAGACUUGAAUGUUAGGGCCUCUGAUUCUGAACAUUGGGGAUUGAGUUUGUAAAAUUUGGUUUGAGGUGUUUUCUAGCUACUGUUAAGUGUAAAGAGAUAGAAGAGAAUAUGUGAUUUCACCAUGGUUUUAUAUGUUUGUUUCAUGGAUUUGAUGAGGAAUAUGAAAGAAUACAUAAGUAUAUUGAUAAAA